AUGACAGGGGCAACAUACCAAUGCAAAAAAUAUAAACAACUAUUGAAUGAUCAAAAAAUUGUAUCUGACACCAACAGUACAAACAAAAGACAACAUGUAGCAACAUCUCAACCUAGCACAAACUGCUUCAGUUGUACGAAAAAUGUACCGUGGUCUCCCGAACAUGCAGCCAAUUGCCCUCGAGGUAAGCAACAGAAAAAUAAACAACGUUUCUUUCGUUCAAAUCACCAGCAGCAGCCACAAAAAGUCAUCCGCUCAGCCAAAUUUCUCCCAAAUCAUACAUCUAUCACAUCUACAAAUGCAUCUUCUUCCGAAGAACUUAACCGCAUGGAUCUUGAUGAUAAUUAUUAUCCUGUCAACUAUGAUUGUAAGCAUCGUAAGACAAACGAACUACAGAAUGACAGUAGCAAUACUAACCAUUCUCUAUUUAUAGGAGGUAUCAAUACACGAGCCCUUAUCGAUAUUGGUUCCUCUUUCAGUUGCUUAGACAUAAAGUUCGUUAAUGAUAAUAAUUUUUCUUUAAAUAAAAACCUUGCUGGACCUAUGUUGUGUAUGUGUAAAGUAUAA